UUCAAAAAUGUUUGUAGAAGCAGUCUGCAUGCCUAGGUGCUUGAUUCUAUACACCUGUGGCCAUGGAGGUGUUUGUAACACCUAAAUCCAAUGAUUUGGAGAGGUGCCCCAAUACUUUUGACAAUAUAGUGUAUGUGCAGGGGCGGACUGACCAUUUGGAAACUCGGGCACUGCCCGAGGGCCCGGGGUCAGUAGGGGGCCCCAUGAGAUGCCCCUGGUACCUUUUUCAUAGGCUUUUUUGAGUUUGGGCAAGGACACAGGGGCGCCAUGAUCCCCUAUUGCCCGGAGGCCCCAU